CCCCUGGAAGAGACAUCCAGAGAAGCCCAGCUUGUUACUUAUACUGGAAUCUACGACACAGAAGGUGUUGCUCAUACGAAAAGUGGAGAGAGGCAGCCUUUACAAGUCAACAUCCAGGUCACUGACAUUGGAGCUUUCGAAACAGUCUGGCAAGUCAAAUUCUACAACUACCACAAGCGAGACCAUUGCCAAUGGGGAAACAGCUUUGGAUGCAUUGAGUAUGAAUGCAAACCCAAUGAGACACGCAGCCUCAUGUGGAUAAACAAAGAAACCUUCUAUUGAAGCAAAAUGAGACAGCUGUGGUGGGACAAUCUCUUGGAAAAAGAAUCUGUCUUCUAACCAGUACAAAGCCUUAACAAAGGCAGUUUCUAACAGAUGCUUUUGUUGAACAAAUGAGACUACAAUCCAAAGCACACUUACUUGGGACAAAGUUUCUUUUCAAAUGGAUGGGACUUGCUUCCAAGUGAAUGUGCUCAAGAUCAUGUAUGUGUGUGUAUAUAUAUAUAUAUAUAUAUAAAAGGAGAUAUUGUUGAGAUUUGAUAUUUAUUUAUCCCACACCCAAAUCUGAAGUGUGCCGCAUCUUCAUGAUAGCGAGCUUGCCAGAUCCUGAAACUGCACUGCCCAUUGGGGCCUGGAAGCAUUCCACUAUGCAGUGAUCUUUGGGAUGCAAUGCUCAUUGUGACAUGCCCUGAAUCCUUGUUUUUAAAAUUCAGCUGCGACCUGGUGCCGUCAGCUUCGUUAUUUUUGUUGGUGUUAAAUCUUAAGACUCCUUGUGAAUCCGUGGUGCAGCGUGACUUCGCUCCCAUUGUGCCAUAUGCUUCAACAAACCUUACCUUCCUUCAUUCUCCUCCAAGUACCUGUACCAUAGUAUGUAGUAACAGUGCAAAUUCUGGAUGAUUCUAUUCCGGGUAAAAAAAAUAGCCAAAGCCCUGUUCAAGCUUAGUUUGCUUUUUUCCUCCCAGGUGUGUGUGUGUGUGUGUGUGUGUGGUGGGCAGAGGAUUGUUGAAUUGUGUAUACUGUUCUGACUUUCCUGUCAUGUGAGGUUAGUGGUGGAAUUUUUGACAAAUGUGUAAGAGAGUGGUGAGGCAAUACCAUUUGUGGUUUUAAGCUAUUUAUGGAUAUUGCUGCUACCUGAACACACAGUCAUUAAGUAUAUUGUUUGCACAUCAAGCCCAUUGAGUUCUCAGAUUACCUGUUUCAGUGGUAUUUUUAUAUGUAAAGUAAAAUAAACUUGGCUGUUAGCAGCUUUGGAGCUACAACAACUCUGUUGAACUAAUCAGCAGCUUUUCAGGUCAAACAUGAGGAUUCUUUCUGAGAAAAAAAGGAAAGUGAUUUUUGCUUAUGCUUGCACAGGAAUCUGAACUCUGGUGCUAUGACCUAUGUAAACCUGUUUACAAUUAUGGCAAAUGAGAAGCACAUUUUGUAUCUCUAAGAAAAUGAAAUUGGUGGCAUGUUGCUUCUCUCCUGCACUACUAGAUUAAGAUGGUCAUGUGUCUGCAUUACUAUGCAUAUCAGCUGUACUUGUGUCCUUCAUGUCAAUAAAAUGUUAUAACUCUUGACCUUUGUAAUAAAGAAGUGGACAACCAGUGUUUUCCCUAA